AUGUCCGAAAGCGAUCAAGAAUUGGAAGAAGCGGAUCAAUUGUUUACUUGCCCAUACGAUACCACUCACAGCUUAACCAUCGCCCGAAUGGGACGCCAUUUGAUUGAAUGUAGAGAGAAGCAUUCGAUCAGUGAAAAGGCCAUAUGUCCAUUCAACGACAAACAUGCGAUUGCUGCCCCAGAAAUGGAAUAUCACAAAUUAGUUUGCCAUGACAAGCCACCAGAGAACGAAAUGAACCACAAGGGAAGUAACAAAUGCGACGAAGAUGGGGAAAACCCGGCAAAGGGAUUAUUCGAAAGUUUUUCAUCAAGAACUUCUUUCAGUUUAACGUCAUGCGAAACGACUACGACCGGAUGCGAGAGUGGGCUUGAUUUAGUAGGCGGCAUAAGAAAUUGCGAUUCCUCCACUGAAGAAACAGAUGAAGAUACUAUGAUCAGCGAUUCUGAGUUGGCGCCAAAUGAUGAUAAACAACAAGCGCGGGACGGAUUAAAAGACGGCUGUUGUGAUGAUAUGAGGGAAAACGAUUUAGUCUUACCCAUAGAAGAAUUGAAAUCGCCCAACCACAAUAUAUCAAUUGAAAAACAAUUAGAACAAUCGGAAAGUGACACGGCUUCUUCGGGAACUAACAGCUCCAUUGGAACUGAUGAGGAAGAGCGAUUUGAUUAUACGAAAUAUAUACCCAGUAAAGAUCUAAGAGAAGAUUUUCUCAAGUUGAUUGGUCAACCUCGAAAUGGUAUGCAGGUGCAAGACGCCAGAUAUCAAUUGGUAAGUCAGCCAUACAACGUGCAACAGUGGCCACCAGGGUACAGCUUUGUCCCGGCACAAUAUCAAACCCAUAAUGGCUACCAUGGCCCCGGGGUACAGCCUGCAUUUAUACCUUUUGCCAACUCUUAUAACAUGAUUCCAGGUGUUUACACAGGAUCAUACAGCUUCCAUAACCAAUCCCCUGCUCCGGGAGGGUUUAUUCAGUCACCUGGUCAGGGAUACGACUUUAACGUGUACCCGGCAGCAAGACCCAACUAUCACCGUCCUUGUUAUCGACGCAGAAAUCACUACAAUACCUACUCGUCCCGUUUUAAUAACCACAAACACUACAACUCCCAUAACCAUGAAAACCACAAUGGAACGGUCAUGAAUGGUUAUAACCAGUCAGAGAAUGGCUUUUGUGAAAGCAGUGACUGCUUUCUGAACAAAAUGAAUGGUGUAGCGAAUCGUAAUGACACUUCACAAACCCAGACUACAUGCUUAACAAAUGGAUGUGAAAAUCCAGACCAACACAUGCAAAAUGGUGGAAAGUUGGAUGAGAUUGACUGUCAACAGCAGUUUGUGGACAUUGGUGACGUCCCAGACAAACCUCUGUGUGGAAGUGCAAAAGAGAAUGGACAGGAGAAUUUCUGUUCAACUGCCCAGGAGGCCCUCAAGAAGAGUGAAAAUGAUAAGCAGAUUCGUAAAAUUAGAAAGAAGUUGACAGAGAUAACUGGCUUGGAAGAGAAACAGCGGCAAGGUGUAAACUUGGACUGUGAUCAGCUUAAGAAGUUGUCACGAAAAAGCGAGUAUGAAGGUCAGCUGAGAUCACUUUCUUCAACUUAGAAAACAAGGUGAGAAUUGAGUUUUGAAAUCGUAGAAAUGGUCACCUACCAACCUGGGUCAAUUCAUCUCUCAGUGUGUUAAGAACUGAAUAUCAUGAAGGUGGCAAUUAGUUUUUCAUGGUUGGUGAAAUAGUGAUGUUGUUUGUUUGGAAAGUUUAAGGGCUCCCCUGCUGCAAGUAAGCACACCUCGCACAAUCUACCUUGGAAUUGAUCUUUUUCACUCUAUGCAGCAUUGAAAUCAUUAGUCAAAGAAACCAAAAAUGUGACCAUAGCAACUGAUUGCAUGAAGAGGAAUGGUGCAGUAUUUGCAUUUGGUCAAUAAUACUGAUUUUUUUGCAAUACCAGAUUGUCAUUUUGGAUUGUUCAUGUCACCCAAAGCUAUUUGUAUCUUCUGAAUUUAAAAUUAAAGAGUGUUUCUUUUUUUCACAUUUCAAUAUUGAAAUUCUGAAUUUCAAACUUACAUAUUACUUAAUUGGUGAAUAUUGUUUUUAAAAUUUCAUGCAAAACAGCAACAACUUGUACAGCAAUCCUUUAUACUGUAGCUCAUACAAGAGACUGAAAGAACACCAAUUUAUACACUCUAUUUAUUUUAGGAAAAAUGGAUAAAUUUGAGUGCUGUGGCUUUUGUAUGUAGUUACCUGAAAUAUGGCUUGACAUUCUACUGGCAAUUUUUUGUAUCUCCCACCUGUUACGGCCAGUCAGGAAACAGUCAAUAUUUCUAGUCAUUGUCUGAUCGUAGCUAAAACCUGCAUUAUAUACUAUUAUGAGCUGUGAAAGAAAGUUUUGAUCUCAUAAUACUCAGGGACAUACAUAUUUUGUAUCUUUAUAUCCGUUAUAACUUAAUAAUGUGUCCAAACAUUUAAUAUGCAUGGAUCACCUCCCUUGAGUAAAACUCUAGGUCUGUUUUGUCUAACAUAAAUUAACAAUAUAAUAUUGAAUCUGGAUAUUUUGCAUUUGUAUGAAGAAUUAGGCGGAUCAAAGAGCGGGGAUAUACAUGUGAUUUGCAGGAUGUAAUCAUUGACGUUUGGUUGAGGGGCAUCAAUGAUAGUAUAAUCUAAGCAUCUUCCAAAUUUGGACAGAGCCAGCUGGUUAUGAAGAAUUAUCUAUUGGAAUAAAACCAAUCAGAAACAGGGAAAUACUAUAUUUCACAUGAAUAAUGAUGAUAAAUAUUGCAUGAAAUAUUGAUAAAUAUUGCAAGAGAAUGAACAGACUGAUCUCCUUUGGCAACCUUGGUUUCUCCUAAAAGACUGGAUUAAAAACUUGUUUAAUCAAAACCUUUACUAUCGUUCACUGGCUAGUAAGUUCCCUUUACAUAUAGGGACUGACAUACAGCUGUAUACUGUUUUUGUACUAAAAAAGAGUACAGUGUACCGGUUAAACAUAAAAGAUCUGUAGAAUGCUCUGUGCUGUUUGUCCUUGUGCAUUUAAUGCAUCUGCAGAAAUCUCAAUUCCAUUGUGUCUUUUGAUGUUUUGGUGAAGUCUUAUUCUCAUGUAUGUAGCCACUUUUAAAUGUGAGGAGAGGCUUUCCACACUCUAUUUAACAACAUUAAAAAAGAUGAAAGAUUUUGUUUAUUAUGUAAAAAUGUUGCAUGAACAUUGAGCUAACAGCUUCCUUUUGAACAUUUUUCUUGACAUCCUUAUCAACUAUAUUUUACUCUCACUGGUGAUUAGAACAAUGUUGAUUCACUUUUCAGUCAAUUGUGCGAAAGGCAGGGACAUCUCUCUAAGUAAAGACAGCUGGCUCUUCUUUGUAUUUUAUUAUACAGUGUAUGAAUUUUGAACUUUGAAUUUUGACUUGUUCUAACGUGAGUGCACACCAAGAAUUUCAAUUUUUGGUUUGAAAAUUGACGUCAAGUUGUGUCCCAUUUCUUAAUACUGACACUUGUAAGAUUGCAGCAAUAAAAAUUAAUAUUACUAUGAUUCGUUCAAAAUAUUUUGCCGUUUCUGAGUGGCUCCAAUUCCCUGGCUAAUUCAUCUUAACCAGCUGGGGCACACAAUAUUUGGAAGAUGUAGGCAAUAACCAACCAAUUCAAUGGGUUAUUGCCCCAGUAUGAAAUACAAACCUCAUUUAACUUAGGUUAAUUCUCAGUUUCCUUUGUCUCCUAGCCCCGAGUUUGGGAAAUUGAGAAUCAACCUAAGUUAAAAAAUUUUAACCUGAAUUUAAUUUGGACCUGUAACAUAUACAUUGAGAAGUGUGACAUGCCAAAGAAUAAAGUCUUUUUAAAUUCUGAAACUGUGCUGAUAAACAGGCAAAUGUUUGCAUGAUCUCCAUUGUUGCUUACAUAUUUGUCACACUGUUGCAAAAGACUGUGUUUACAACAUAGCAACUAACUGUUUGUCGAUAAAUUCAAUGUUUAUUUUGUUUCUUGUAGGCUGCAAACCUUAAGGAGACUUGUAUCCUGUGCAUGGUGUCUACUGUUUUAUAGAUGGAUAUUCUGCAAAUGAGUCUUCACAGUAAAGGGUGUUGGUCAAGUAUUAUUAGUAUUUUCAUUUAUCUGCAGGUUGAAUUGUUAAUCCUCUCUCUAGUAUGAUUUUUCUUGCGUAACGAUACAUGUAUAUUAAUUUAUGCAAGUCCACUUAAGUUGUUAAAUGCAUAUAUGUGUACAAACAUAUGCAUUUUUUAGCUUCCACACAAAUGAAAUGUAUGGAACCAGCGGCGGAU